AUGCUUUCAUUCAAAGGAAGUCCGUACUGGAUGGCACCUGAGGUUGUAAUGAACACAAAUGGCUAUAGCAUUUUGGUUGAUAUAUGGAGCUUGAGAUGCACACUUAUUGAAAUGGCAGCGUCGAAGCCUCCGUGGAGUCAGUAUGAAGGGGUAGCUGCCAUAUUUAAAAUUGGAAACAACAAAGAUAUGCCUGAAAUUCCUGAGCAUCUGUCAAAUGAUGUGAAGAAUUUCGUUAUUUUAUGUUUACAGCGGGACCCAUUAGCUCGCCCAACAGCCCAAAAAUUAUUAGAGCACCCAUUCAUAAGAGAUCAAUCAGCAACAAGAGCUACAACCAUAGAUGUUUCCUCUUACAUGUUUGAUGGAAGCCGAACACCACCUGUUUUAGAGCCUCAUUCUAAUAGAAGAAGUAUAACAUCAGCCUGUUUUAGGGCACUAUUGUAUAUGUUGGAGCUUCCGUGA